CUCGACAAGCUGCCACAAGACCUGCCGGCAUACUACCAUGAAGAACUUCUCGAUGGAAUUUGUUUCCUAAUUCAUAGCCCACUCUUCGCCUACGUUGUCAGCCCACGCCUCCGGCGAGAAGAACAGAAAGCCCAGUCGUCUGAAACCAACGCCGUGACAGCCCAGACAACAAUUGUCAAGAACACUCAUGGAGGUGUUGUUCGCGAGCCAGCGACUUAUCUCGCACUGUCUAAGCUACGUAUAGACAUCAAUCAGGAAAAGAACGACUGGGUUACCCGCCUCCUUUACAACAACGCCACACUCAUCGAGGGGCGCGAUUUAUGCAAUACAGAAAACUCUUUCGUCACAAGUUUCCAUUUCUUCUGCGAGGAAGUAGCUUUCUUGAGCUCCGAGUUCAGGUCGAGGGAGCGUGUUGGAGCUGUCUUGCGUGGUGCUGCGGGCGAGCAGGAGUUACUGGAGAUAGAUCUCGAGAGUACGAAGGAAGCCGAUGCGGAG